UGCUGCAGGUCAGUUCGGUCGAUCGGUGGCUCUGAAAAAUUAAAAAAUAUUUUUCCAGAGCUCCGUCCUGUCGCUCUCUCCGCAUCUGGGCACCAUCCCAGAGCCAUCCAAGGAGAGAAGACUGUGCUAGGGACCGGGUUCAGUGCAGUCGGCAAGAGCGGAACACGUCCAGGCUCCGACAUUAUCACCUACACUCGCUACCUGGUCGUGCUACAUAGAUCGCAGGCGGGCGUGGGGCAGUGGUCACUGACGGGACAUGGAGAAAAUCUCGUCCUGCUCCAAAUCAAUCUGUUUGCGCCGGAAUCUGCUCGGUUCGUUGCGAAGCAUUGGCUCACUGACCUCCUCUUCGUCGCCCAGCACAGUAUUGCCUUCGACAAGGAGCGGAGAAACUGGCUCAAGUGCAAGCCCUCCGACGAGUCCCAACUGCUUUCGUGCUCGCCACACGCACAGCGCGGCGGCCUCAGCUGAUGCGUCAAGCUAUGCACGUCUGGCGCGACGACGUUUGAGUCCAUCGUUCGUCCGCUCGUACUCCUACGAUGGCAUCGGCUCGCACGGCGAACCCCUGCUGGCAUCAGUGGACACCCUGCACGACCUCAAAACAUUCCUCACCAAGGUCGGCACUGACAGUAAGGAGGCGCGAUACUGGCUGAAGCAUUUCCAGGAGAGCACAGCCCUGGGAUCGAGCCCCUUCGCAGUCGUGUUCAUCCCAGCAUUGCUGAUGCGAGAUGCUCACUCGGUCAACGCUAUAUCCGAGACCAUGGCGUUCCUCCAGCGUAACAACAUGCGCGCCGUGAUGGUGCACGGCGUGCGACCACGCAAGCUCAUGCGAGAGCUGAAGGAGAACAACCGGAUGGCGUACGGCGAGAUGAACUUCUCCAACACGCCGUGGGCCAAGCUCCGAGCGGCUCAGCAGCUGCUCGACUCCAACAGCAUGUACCUUAUCGACGCGCUGUCCAAGAGCCAUGCCUUUGCCCAGAUUGUCCCAUCCACUAGUGUCUUCUACGUGGAUAGCUCUUAUCAGGGGAGUGACUCUGGACCCAACGAUAACACAAACAUGUGUACAGUGGACUCCGAGCUGCUCAGAUGGUGCUUGAAGAGCGGCAACAUUCCCGUAGUGUCUGCCAUGGCGCAGUCGGCGGAUGGCCGUGUCGUUCACCUUGAGCCGUUCGACGCUGUUGCAUCUCUUGUGCGUACACUGCAGCCGCGUAAGGUGAUUCUUCUGAACCAGACGGGUGCCCUGAUCAACAUGACAACGGGCAGUAAGGUGUCCGAAGUCAACAGUCCCGGUGACAACGCAUCGCUGCUGGGACAGCCGUGGUGCCAGGGCCGACUCAAGGAGAAGCUACAGCGCAUACUGAACAUGCUGGAGUCGCUACCGGAGAACGGAUCGGUGACCUUGACCUCGCCGAUGACCAUUCUGAGAGAGCUAUUCACACAUCACGGCGAUGGAACUAUAUUUCAGAAGAGAGACCGCGUUCUGGUCCACAACACUCUUGAGGGUAUCGAUACACACCGACUGCGCAGCCUUCUGUGCACAUCAUUUAAUUCAGAACUGGACCCGGCCUACUUUGAGAAACUCAAGCCCAAACUUAACAAGAUAUAUUUAUCGGAGAGAUAUAGUUUUGCGGCUAUCGUGACAAAUGAGGAAGGUGCCGAAGGCGUCCCCUACCUGGACAAGUUUGCCGUCAUCGGAAAAAGCCAGGGCCAGGGGUCGAGCCAAGCCUUGUGGGACCUGUUACGCCGUGACUUUCAAACUCUAUUCUGGAGAUCGUACACAGCUAAUCGAUUCAACGAAUGGUACUAUCCUCGCUGCUGUGGUCUGCAAAGUGUCAACAAGUGGAAAGUGUUCUGGUAUGGUUUCACUGACUACCAACUGUCACAGAAGAUAGUACAAGCAGCUGGAGCCAUGCCGGAGUCGUUCAUUGAGAAGAGGCCCGACGUUGCUGAUGAGCUGGACAUGACAAGACCAUCGACUUGGUCCUCAAGCCCAGCUGCCAGCGACCAAGGCAAUGUUGAAUCCACCAAGCGGCAAGCAACCGGGACUAACGAGGAGAUGGUCUACAAAGCCCUGGAGGCCAUCUAGACCCCCUCUGUCCCCAUAUUUAUCUCAUUGUGCUGGGCGCAAUGUUUGUCAAUGCUUUGCUCUGUUAAAGCUUGUGAUAUCCACGUCGUCUUUUGUAAAUUUCGGAAUUGUCUUCAUUGAGCAUUAGCCAUCUACCUGCCUUCUCGCAGCAUCAGCAUUUUCUGUCCUCCAAUGUCCUGGAUGUAGCACCAAACGGUGCCCGUCUCCGCACCCUCGACCUUCAAGUUUCAUCCGUAAUCUGUACCCACGCUGCAACACCAAUUCGAAAUUUCUAAUCAAAUAAUAGAUUUCGUUCUGCACUUCUCUAAACACAGUGCACUAGAGUGUAUCAUGUAUGUACAUGUUGCGAAAUUCGAUUAGAUUAUUAUUUACGCACAUUGUAUAAUUAUGGUUUUUGUCUUGUAGAGUCUCAUGUAUGAUGUCAUAAUGGUCUAUUGUACAUGUGAAUAUGGUAUGAUGU